UUUUCAGGUCAUCUGUACGGUACACCUCGUCCAAUCGAGAGCUAUACCGAUGAAGAUAUGAUGCUAAUGGGCAAUGAAGGAUUGCUACCGCCUAACUGGGAAACGGCUUACACCGAAAAUGGCGACAAAUAUUUCAUAGAUCACAAUACCGGAACAACAACCUGGGAUGAUCCAAGAGAGUUACCACCCGGAUGGGAACAAGUUGAUGAUCAGAACUACGGAACAUUCUAUGUCGAGAUGAUGUCCUCAUCAUACCCGACGGGAUCGGAUCUCAUCUCGUCGGUUAUCUAUUUUGCUCCGUCGACUAGCACGGGUACGGUGUUCAAUACACCCGCAUCUCGAUAUUCAACAGCCACACAAACCACGUUUGGUGGUGGAAGCCAUCGGCAUAAAGGAUUCGUUUCGUUUCGAUCACAAGACGAAGAUCAACCAGAUGAUGAUUGUGAAGAAGGUGUGCCACUGUUGAAAGCAGUCCAGCAUACUUCAUCAUCUAAAAAUCACAUCAAUCGAAAAACGCAAUAUGAACGGCCGUAUGGAUUUGGUGGAUCUGCAGUAACAAUAGACCAACAAGUGAAAUAUGGAACGCUUCCCUCGUCUGCAAACCAUAAUAAUAUGUAUUCACAUUAUAAUAGUGGCACUCUAAAAUCAUCAUCAUCACCUAGAGAUUCUGGAUUCGAUAGUUCACCGACAAGAUACAGAAAGUUUGGGGAUCCCCCAGACAUAGGAGCAUCUUCAGCCGACUAUGAUCAUCACUCAAAAAUGUUCAGCAGGUCUUCGAAUCCAUUGUUUACAACCGAUCCAGCAAGACUAGGAGGGGAAUUGAUAUCUACAAAAAUUGUCAAAGGAGCCAAAGGACUAGGAUUCACGCUUAUUGGAAACGAUGCAUCGAGUCGAGGUGAUGAGUUCAUUCAGGUCAAAUCUGUGUUAACUGGAGGUCCUGCUGCUGCGAACGGAGUACUUCGAUCAGGAGAUAUCCUCGUCCGAGUCAACGGACGUCUUCUGCUAGGAGCAACUCAAAAAGAAGCAUGUGAUGUGUUCGUUGCCAUUCCCAUUGGCGAAGCUGUUGAUAUUCAAGUUUGUCGGGGAUACGAACUGUUCAUUGAUCCAACGAACAGGAUAAUCACUGAAAACGUCUACGCAGCUGCCAAAAAUCGGGAUCUUCAUGAAAUCGACAUUUACAAAGGUCCAGAAGGGUUUGGAUUCACCAUUGCGGAUAAUCUGAAUGGACAAAGGAUAAAGAAAAUCAUAUUUCCAUCACAAUGUCCGAACCUUAUGGAGGGAGAUACGAUAGUUGAACUGGACGGUAGAAAUGUUCGACCCAUACCUCACACUCAACUUGUCGACAUGCUCCGUGAGCGACCGAUUGGAUAUCGUGGAAAGCUUGUUGUGAAGAGAGGAUCCCCUAAAACCAGGUCUCGAACACCUUCAGCUGCAUUCAGAUAUGGAGAACCACAAUCGACUAUGACUGAUUCUGCAGCUUCAGCGGCUUCGGCGCCAGUUCGAUCAAAAACACCCGCUGGUCGUCAAUCAUCAAAAGCCGAAGAAGAACAGUCUGUUAGGAGCACACUCCAACGGCAACCCGCAGUGACGUCUGAAUGGGAAGGUAUGAAUGGUUCUGCACAAACAGCUAGCCGGAUGAGACCAUCCUCAACAACUCUAGGCUUUGCGACACCAAACUACAUUCCGCUGAGUCAGUACAACCAAAAACCAUCAGAUUUAAUUACUGUAUCUCUGAUUCGGAAGCCUGUUGGAUUCGGAUUCCGUCUUCUUGGAGGCGUUGAAUCGAAAACUGUACUUUCCGUUGGGCAAAUUGUGAUAGGAGGAGCUGCAGAAGAAGACGGACGAUUGCACGAAGGAGAUGAAAUCGUAGAGAUCGAUGGACACAAUGUCGAGGGAGCUUCACACUCAGAAGCUGUUAUUUUUCUUGAGGCAGCAGCACAGAAUAAACAUGUCAAGUUGGUAGUGAGGAGAUCAGCAAAGGUCGAUCCAGCUCGGCGUGGAUCACUCAAUUCAGCAGGACCGUCUGGGUCAUAUGAUGUACUUCUUUAUCGGAACGAUAAUGAUGGCUUCGGAUUUGUACUGAUGUCUUCUCAUCACAAAAAUGGAUCUACGAUUGGCCAAAUCCAGCCAGGCAGUCCAGCUGCUAGAUGUGGGAGAUUAUCGGUUGGAGACAGAGUGAUUGCUGUGAAUGGAAUCGAUAUUCUGAACCUAGCACACCCUGACAUCAUAGCAUUGAUCAAGGACUCUGGAUUAUCAGUUCGAUUAACCAUCGCUCCACCAGACACAGCUGGACCAGUUCUUCCAAUGGUUUCUGCGACUCUUGGUCGGAACUUCACAAUGAAUGGACACUAUGAAUCGAACUACGGUCUUCCACCACCACCACCAUCUGCCUACGAAAGACAUCCACCACCGACGUAUCUUGGAUUUGAAAGUCUUUCAAUUAAUGACAGAAUGCCAUCGAACGGAAAUCUAAUUGAUGUAUCUUUGGAACGCGGCACCAAGGGAUUCGGGUUCUCAAUUCGCGGCGGACAAGAAUUCGGAGCGAUGCCACUUUUCGUUCUCCGUAUCGCAGAUGACGGACCCGCCAAAGCCGAUGGACGAUUACAGGUCGGCGACCAAUUAACAACAAUAAAUGGUCAAUCAACAAAAGGAAUGAGCCAUGAUGAUGCGAUUCGAAUUAUUAAGCAACACCCGAUAGUGAAUUUAACAGUGCUACGCAAUAGAUUGCCAUAG